AUGAAGCUAAAGAAGUUAAAAUCUGACUCGGAGGAGCCAGUCCCACUACCUGCACCAGAGAUCAUUGAGGCAGACUUAUAUAAACGGUCCUAUUUUGGUCCUGAUGUACCGACGUUAGAGCUAGAAUGUUGGGAAGAGGAACUCUCUGAAGCACAGUUGCAAGCUUACAGGCAUGCUGAUGAAGAAUACAAGAAAAUACAAAACACUCUUGACGAUAUUGUGAAAGACACAGGAGGGAAGAUUGUAUAUAAUGGAGACCAAUUCACAGCAUAUCAGCUUCUGGGAAAGCAGCCUGUUUUGAAGGACUUGGAACGUCAAAGUGCAGAAAUCAUACGAUCAAGAUCUCGGUCCAUAUCAAUAUCUAAAGAGUCAAAGUCUGGAAAGAGAACACGAGGCAAGCGCGAUCAUUCACGGGAUAAGACCGCAAGUCCGGAGCCUCGACCCAGCAAGAAAAAGAAGAAGGACAAGGAGAAAAAGAAAGACGAAAAAGAAAGCAAAGAGAUCACUAAAACUAAGGAUAAAACAUUGGCUCCAUCGAACGUGCACAGCGUAGUGACGAACGUGCGGCCCUCGGAGGCCACCGCGGUGGGCGGUCUGCUCACCGGCAGCGCGGCCAAGACCACCGCCAUCGUCGACUUGACUAAAGACGACGGAAACAAGAACGUGGCCGACUCGAGAGAAGUUUCCUUCAAUAAACUCCAAGGGAAGACCUUCCCGUCGCUGGUGGUCGUGGCGCGGCCCUACCUGCGCUCCAAAGACGCGCCGGCCUCGGACCGCGCGUCGCUCGACACCAAGGUGAAAUCCGUGCUGGUGCACACGCCCAUGAAGUUCACCGAGUGGCUCAUCCAGCAGGGUCUGGUGCGCUCCGAGCAGUGGUGCGCCAUACACCGCGGAAACAAGCUAAAGCUGGGCAUGUACUCGGACUCGACCAAGUUCCCGUACUCGGGUGGGUACGUCUGGAUAUCGGAGUGCUGCCCGACGCGGUUCGUGUCGGUGUUCUCCAGCUCGCUGUUCGAGGGCGCCACGUUUCCGCCGAGCGUGCUGCUAAAGCUCAUCUACCACUGGGCGUGUCAGACCAACGUGCAGAACGUGGUGCAGUGGGUGAAGGUGGACAACUUGUACGUGAAGGGGCUGUUCACGUGGCUGCGCGGCGUGUGCACGGCCGCCACGCACCGGCACCUGCCUCCGCUCGGCGCCGCCGGCCGCCCCGUCGAGGUGGGCGUCAUCUCGCUCGGGACCACGUCGCACGACGGCACGCAGCGCCAGGUCAAAGUGGAGGUGCUGGGCGUGCUCGAUCCCGCCGACAAGCUGAUUCGGUUACGUGCCGUGGAGCCGCUGGCCGAGCACGAGAAGAACUACAAGAAACGGUUCCAGAAGAUCUUGGAGCCGCUCGCCGAGUGGGUGCAUCCGGGGGCCGCGAUCCUCACGGAUCUGACGGUCGACAAGAGCACUCUGCACGGCAUGGGCUUCAAGAACGUCCACCAGUCGUCGUCGCACGGCGACGCGGGCAAGCACUCCAACGCCAACAUCAUGGAGUAUCUGCGCCGGAUCGUGCCGCGCAUGUUCCAGAACACGCUGUCGCUGCUCUCGCGCCAGAUCAUCCAGCAGUUCCUCGACGAGCUGGUGUGGCGCGAGCGCUUCGGUUCCACGCCGGGCCAGGCCUUCGACAACAUCGUGACGCAUCUCGCCGAGCAGACCAAGCUCGACUCCAAGGACUCGAUCACCGUGCGCCUCAACAAGAUCGCCGCCAACCCCUUUAAGAACUGGAAGUACCCGGCCAAGAAAAAGGAUCGCGAAGCGGAGGAGGUCGCGGAACCGGAGACGGGCCGAGGCCGAAGGGGACGCCGCAAGAGAGAGCCUUCGCCGCCGCCCGUCGCGCCUCCCCGCAAGAGGAAGAAGGAGAAGACGCUCUACGUCGACGACGACGACGACGAAGAGGUACCGCUGGCGCAGCGUCGGAACAAGAUAAAGCAGGAAAAGAACAAGGAGGCGGACGGCGGCGGGCCCGGCCGAGGCCGACGCAAGCGGGCCAAGUCCUAUCUCGACGUCGACGAGGACGACAACGAGCUCGACAUCCCGCUGAAGAACAUCAAGAAGGAACUCAAGGCCGACGAGACCGUCUCGCUCGAGCGCUACUACUUCGGCCAGACGCAGGCCGCCGCCGCCGACCGCGUCGCCAUCGCCGUGCAGUGCCCCGAGUGCGACGAGCGUUUCUCCGAGAGCGGGGAGCUGCAGCGGCACCUGUUCGAUCACGCCGUGGACGGCGAGGGCGCGACGUGCGCCUACUGCCUGACCCGGAUGCCCGCCGACGAGCUGGCCGAGCACCUGCGGCGGCGCCACCCCGUCGACACCAAGUCGCCCGAGCUGUUCACGUACGCCUGCCUCAUCUGCGAGGUGCGCUUCGCGGCCGUGCUGACGCUGGCGGCGCACAUGCAGAAGACGCACGCGCCGCGCGAGCUGCCCUACGCGUGCCCCGCGUGCCCCUACCGCGCCUCCGCCCACCGCGCCGUGCUGGACCACGCCCGUGCCGCCCACGGCCGCUCCGCCGCGCUGCUCUGCCCGCUCUGUCUAGAGGCCGUGCCCGUGUACGCGGACGGCUGCGAGCUGCGCGCCAACGUGGUGCUGUUUCUGGCCCACCUUCGCCGCCACCGGGAGACUCUCGAGGUGCGCUGCAACCGCUGCGUGCUCCGCUUCGUGCAUCUCGGUCGACUGAAGGAGCACCAGAUACGCGACCACAAAUCCCGGGAAGACGCGCUGCCGCUGUGCACCGAGGAGCACCUGAUCAACCGACCCAAGACGAAGGCCCGACCUCCGGUGAAGGACUCGACGAGCCACUCGAUCGGCGACACGUUCGAGCGGCUGACGCUGGUGCUGCCGACGGGCCGCCUGUGCCGCGAGUGCGACGCGCCGCUGGAGGCCGAGCGGCACUUCUUGGGCGUGACGUCGUGCAGCAAGUGCCCGUACGCGACGUCGUGCUACCGCGCCAUGCUGCGCCACAGCGGUUUCUGCGCCGGGCCGCACUCGCUCGAGGACGCGCCGCGGGCCGCGCCGCGUCCGCUGCACUGCGUCUGCGGCUAUUCCAGCUCCGUCGGCACCGAUGCGCUCACGCAUCUGCUCGUCACGCGCCACACGACGGUCUACGCCUCGGAGGAGGACGCGCGCGCCAACGUCGCGUCGGACGACCGAGACGACCGCAAGGAUUCCCCCGUGAGUGUCCCGGAGACGCGUCGCGAGCGGAUCGGCCGGGGGAGUCUUUUGACCGAAUCGCUCUGCGAGCAGGCCGAGGCCCGAGAGGACGGGGAGGCGAAGGAGGACGGGGCCGCCGAGUGCCGCCUGUCUCCGAUGGCCGAGUUCGCGCCGGCGCCCGUCAUCAACACGCAGCUGUCGCUGGACGACCUCGCCCCGCCCUCGCUCCUGCAGCAGGACCAGGAGCGAGAGCUGCCCCGCUACGAGGGUCCGCUGGCCACGCCUCGCCACGAAGAGCAGCACUACACGCUCGGGGACUUCGAGCCGCUGCCUCAGGAACCGCCGCCGCAGACGGACUUCGAGCAGCUCUAA